AUGGACAGACUCUCCCACCUCAGCUGUAGUUAUCUGUGUGUGGAGGAGGAGGAGAAGGUCAGAGUGUGUGGAGGAGAAGGUCAGUGUGUGGAAGAGGAGGAGAAGCUCAGAGUGUGUAGAGGAGGAGGUCAGAGUGUGGAGGAGGAAGAGGAGGUCAGAGUGUGUGGAGGAGGAAGAGCUCAGAGUGUGGAGGAGGAGGAGGGGUCAGAGUGUGUGGAGGAGGAGGAGGUCAGAGUGUGUGGAGGAGGAGGUCAGAGUGUGGAGGAGGAAGAGGAGGUCAGAGUGUGUGGAGGAGGAGGUCAGAGUGUGGAGGAGGAAGAGGAGGUCAGAGUGUGUGGAGGACGAGGUCAGAGUGUGGAGGAGGAAGAGGAGGUCAGAGUGUGUGGAGGAGGAAGAGCUCAGAGUGUGGAGGAGGAGGAAGGGGUCAGAGUGUGUGGAGGAGGAGGAGGUCAGAGUGUGUGGAGGAGGAGGAGGUCAGAGUGUGGAGGAGGAGGAGGAGCUCACAGUGUGGAGGAGGAGGAGCUCACAGUGUGGAGGAGGAGGUCAGAGUGUGGAGGAGGUCAGAGUGUGUGGACGAAGAAGAGCUCAGAGUGUGGAGGAGGAGGUCAGAGUGUGUGGAGGAGGAGGAGCUCAGAGUGUAGAGGAGGAGGUCAGAGUGUGUGGAGGAGGAGCUCGGAGAGGAGGAGAAGCUCAGAGUGUGUAGAGGAGGAGCUCAGAGUGUGGAGGAGGAGGUCAGAGGGUGUGGAGGAGAAGGUCAGAGUGUGGAGGAGGAGGAGGAGGAGGAGGUCAGAGUGUGUGGAGGAGGAGGAGGAGGUCAGAGUUUGUGGAGGAGAAGGAGGAGGACAGAGUGUGUGGACGAGGAGGAGGAGGUCAGAGUGUGGAGGAGGAGCUCAGAGUGUGGAGGAGGAGGAGGAGGAGGUCAGAGUGUGUGGAGGAGAAGGUCAGAGUGUGUGGAGGAGGAGGAGGUCCGACUGUGUGGAGGAGGAGGAGGAGGUCAGAGUGUGUGGAGGAGGAAGUCAGAGUGUGGAGGAGGAAGAGGAGGUCAGAGUGUGUGGAGGAGGUCAGAGUGUGGAGGAGGAGGAGGUCAGAGUGUGUGGAGGAGGAGGUCAGAGUGUGGAGGAGGAGGAGGUCAGAGUGUGUGGAGGAGGAGGUCAGAGUGUGUGGAGGAGGAGGAGAAGGUCAGAGUGUGGAGGAGGUCAGUGUGUGGAGGAGGAGGAGAAGCUCAGAGUGUGUAGAGGAGGAGCUCAGAGUGUGGAGGAGGAGGUCAGAGUUUGUGGAGGAGAAGGAGGAGGACAGAGUGUGUUGACGAGGAGGAGAAGGUCAGAGUGUGUGGAGGAGGAGCUCAGAGUGUGUGGAGGAGGAGCUCAGAGUGUGUGGAGGAGGAGCUCAGAGUGUGUGGAGGAGGAAGAGGAGGUCAGAGUGUGGAGGAGGAGGUCAGAGUGUGUGGAGAAGGAGGUCAGACUGUGUGGAGGAGGAGGAGGAGGUCAGAGUGUGGAGGAGGAGGUCAGAGUGUGUGGAGGAGGAAGAGGAGGUCAGAGUGUGGAGGAGGAGGUCAGAGUGUGUGGAGGAGGAGGUCAGACUGUGUGGAGGAGGAAGAGGAGGUCAGAGUGUGGAGGAGGAGGUCAGAGUGUGUGGAGGAGGAGGUCAGACUGUGUGGAGGAGGAAGAGGAGGUCAGAGUGUGGAGGAGGAGGUCAGAGUGUGUGGAGGAGGAGGUCAGACUGUGUGGAGGAGGAGGUCAGACUGUGUGGAGGAGGAAGAGGAGGUCAGAGUGUGGAGGAGGAGGUCAGAGUGUGUGGAGGAGGAGGUCAGAGUGUGUGGAGGAGGAGGUCAGAGUGUGUGGAGGAGGAAGAGGAGGUCAGAGUGUGGAGGAGGAGGUCAGAGUGUGGAGGAGGAGGUCAGUGUGUGUGUUUGUGUAG